AUGAAAAUAUCUAAUAUUUUUAAUAAUAAAAAAUUAGCAAAAAAAAAUAAAAACAGAAAAAUAGAACAUAAAUACAUUCUAAAUAAACAUCGAAAAAACCUUAUUUUCAGUUUUGUAAAAAAAUACAUAAGACUUUAUAAGAAAAAUAAUGAAAAUCAGGGGAAUAUUGAAAUAACUAAUAAUACUUUGUACCAUCAAAAAGGACAACAUAAAUCAUGGGAAAAGCGUGUUAAAGAGCGUCAAGCCAUGCAAGAAAUGAAAAAGAAAGAAAAAGAAAUCAUACAAGCAAGACAGGAGAUUAUAGAGAAACGAAAAGAAAUUACAAAAAAAAGACAAGAAGCUAAAAGAGAAAAAGAACGUUUUGAAGCAAUGAAGGAAAAAAUGCAUAAAAAAAGAAUUGAGCGUUUACGAAGACGAGAAAAACGUUCUAAAAUGUCUCAAAAAUAA